GGGAGAAAGGAAGGUUUACCUCCGUAGCUCGGACGGGGCUGAAUACUCCGUUGUCUCGAAAGGUACAGUGCGCUCGUCGGAAUUUAAUAAAGAUUUCAUCCGGUUAGGAAUGUAAAUUGUUAUGUAGAGUUUGGUAAAUAUUUGGAAAUAAAAAGAGAAGUAAACGUGCAUUUUUCAUGACAGAGUCAUAUCCUGUCAUUCCUACCUUGAACGUAGACUCCCUCCCCUGCUGGACAGCUACAGUCAGUGUGAGGAGAAUGAUGAGACAAUGAGUGACGCAUCCAUAUCUAGUGCCCUACGCUUAAGACCCCAUAGUCAACUCAAUUAUCCAGAAGUCCUCAGCCAGAGCAGGAUGGCCAAUAGAGAGCCACACGGCAGCCAAGAAGAACCACCRUCAAGAUCCAGCCAAAACUGGCCACCCCAGGGACUAUGUGCUGGCUACAGCCCCCAGACACCCUACCCYGGACAGGAAGAGAUGUGUCUGAGUGCCCUGGACCACCAGAGGUACGCCUGGCUGAAAUCCAGCUUUGCCAACAGCAGCGACGGAUGCACUGGAGGGCCAUACCCAGACAGCCUGCCAUCCUACUCAUACCCACACGGUGCAGACUUUGCCAGUUGCCCAGUAGAGGAGGGCUAUCAUCACCAGGGUAAAUCACACCACUCACUCCCCGGGCGUUACAGCCCCAGCAUCAGUAGUUUGGAGCAGCCGUACUCUCUGCUCUCCUGCCCACCAGAGGCUGCCCCCCGUUACCCUUUCCUUCCCCCGUACCCCUACCCUACCCAGGGCCCGGUCUGCUGUGCACAGUGCCCUGCACAGGGGCUCGGAAUGGGCCCUGUCCUACAGCUCGUUCCAAGGCCAAGUUACCGUCCACCCUACUAUGGUCCGGACCACUGCAGACAUCAAGAUGCAGCUGGCACCACUCAAAGUGAGAGCUUUGUCCCCCAACACAGACAAAGUGACAGACCUGGGAGUAGUACACAGCUGUCAUUGGAGCAAAGAAAGGUCUUUGUCACCUAUGAGAGAGACAGCGACAACCAUUUUAAAGAGACCAUGAACUUUGUUUCCCUGCUGCGACACAACGGCUUUGACACUAGUGUGGAUGUAUUUGAGCAACAGCUCAUAAGUAUUAGCGCCAUUGACUUCAUGGAAAAAUACAUCAACGAGAAAUAUUACCUUAUCAUCAUUGUUAUCAGUCCCAAGUAUCAUGAGACCGUAACGGGGGCUAACAUCUAUAUGGAGAAAGACGAGAGGAUGUUACACACAGUCUAUAUCCAUAAGCAGCUGCAGAAUGAGUUCAUUCAGAAUGGAUGCCAGAACUUCAGAUUCAUUCCCAUACUGUUUCCAGGAGCUAAAAAGUGCCAUGUUCCUGCCUGGCUCCAGAACACUCUAGUCUACACCUGGCCAAAGGACAGAGACGACAUCCUACGUCGACUGAUGAGAGUGGAGAAGUACAACCCUCCGCCUGUUGGGGAGCUACCCACCAUCGUUUCCACCCCCCUCUAGAACCACAGCCUGCAGGGUUUACUUUACAGUGAAGUCCAGCCAUGCUGUUUUUCCAUCAGGACUGGGUCCCACUCCCAGCCUUUUUUGGGGUGAAGGCACUGUUAUUCUAGGGAAUUUGUAUUUCCAUAGCUAUGGCUGAGUGACACUAAGGAGUUGUGAAGCACAUAAUCAACAACCUCUGUCUUUUGAGAACAUCUGUUGCAGUAUUCUGCCCAGGGAGGUGGCAAUAAAUUGGAUUUGAUUGAUGUUUA